AUGUCUCACGAAAACCCGACCUCCUGGCUGUCAAACUCGCCGUCACAUCACAACCAUCGCAGAGCCUCACACCUCGUCCUACAAGACGAGCAGCCUCCGCCAUUGGCUCCCCGCGGCCAAGGCACCCUGUCGCAGCUUUUCAGAAACCGCUCCCACGCAUCGCUGCACACCUACGGCAGUACGUGGAGAGGUGCUGUACCCAAUGGCCCGGACGACGAGGAGUCGGCCCUGGCGCACACUCUGUCCCACCCGCAUUCCGAAGGCACAGACGACGAGCCACCCCGGCGCUUACAGCUCGACGAGCAGCGACUUAGCCAGAUCCUACACAGCUCCCCCGUGCGCUCGAUGCGGCUGAUCGGAAACUCGAAUCCGCGGUACAACUGGGAGCGAUACUGGAAGACGGAGCAGCAACUGCGAGCACUGAAGAAGCCGCUGAGGAAAUACUACGAGCGGACCAAUUACCUCGUGCAGCAGUACUUGUACAUCGACCGACUACUGGACAGCAGCCUGCCUCACGACCUGCUCAAUGAAUACAACGACCUCCCGCAUAGCUCUUUCAAAGGCAUCGAAGUGCCGGACACAAUUUCGGAGGAGCCGGCCAGCGCCUCCAACAUUGGGGGCAGUCUAAGAAGCAAUGGUCCAGUAACAGGAGUGACGAGUGAGGUCACAAGCUCGUCUGCGAGCCUGCGAAACGAGUCCGAGAAUGGCGAGGCUAUCCAUGGCAAUGAUCGGCCAAAGGCGCCAAAGUCUAGCAGCGCAAAGAAGGUCAAGCGCACACCCAAGGACAUAUAUCGGCCCACGGAGACGACGCCUUUGUUUGACAACGACGAGGAAGAGGACGAUGGCUGGACUGGCGAGGGGCCGAGGCCCGAGAUCCCCUGGCUUGAGGACGACGAUGAUUUGGACAGCAGCAGUCGCGUUGUCACGAUAGCCAUUUACGUCAACUUGGCGGCAAAUGCGAUUCUGCUAUUCGGAAAGGUUGCCGUCGUUAUCGAGGUGUCGUCCAUGUCCGUUCUGGCUAGCUUGGUCGAUGCAAUACUGGACUUCUUGUCGACGGUCAUAGUGUGGACGACGACUUGGCUGAUCUCCCGGCAAGACCAGUACAAAUAUCCGGUCGGGCGGCGGCGUUUGGAACCUCUGGGCGUGCUGGUCUUUUCUGUGAUCAUGAUUACAGCUUUCACGCAGGUCGCGCUUGAGUCCAUCCAGCGGUUGGCCGCGCCAAAUCACCAGUUGAUUCAGCUUGGCAUUCCGGCGAUAGGAAUCAUGAUAGGAACUGUCCUUAUCAAAGGGCUGUGCUGGUUGUGGUGUCGAUUGGUGAAGAACUCGAGUGUCCAAGCAUUAGCCGCCGAUGCGAUGACAGACGUCAUAUUCAACACCGGUUCAAUCUUAUUUCCCAUCAUCGGCUUCUACGCCAAGAUCUGGUGGCUCGACGCGCUGGGCGGCCUCAUCCUCUCGCUGGUAGUCAUCUUCAACUGGUCGCAGACUUCCCUGGGGCAUAUUAAGAACCUCAGCGGGUUUAGCGCAACGGCAGAUCAGCGCAACGUGCUGCUGUACCUGACGAUGCGGUUCGCGCGGACGAUCCGCCAGAUCCAGGGCCUGCAGGCGUACCACGCGGGCGACAAGCUCAACGUCGAGGUCGACAUCAUCCUCGACGCGUCAACGACGCUGCGCGACUCGCACGACCUGAGCGAGAGCCUGGGCUACGUUCUCGAGAGCGUGCCCGUCGUCGACCGCGCGUUCGUGCAUGCCGACUACGCGAGCUGGAAUUUGCCUACGCAUAUGGAUCAGCAGCAGAGUGGGUGA